UUCAAAAAGCCAAAGAUAAUAAUAAUAAUAGUAUCAAUUGUCAUUUGGAGACUCAGAGCAUGGACAAUCAACGCACCCCUCUUCUAAGUUGGGCUUACUACUGCCAGGGAAAGUCAAUGGAGGAGAUGAAGCAGUCACUUUUAUACACUACUCUGGAGCUAGAACAAACAAGAGCUGCAGUUCAAGAGGAACUCAAAAAGAGGGACGAUCAACUCUUUAACCUAAAGGAACUGCUGAACAAAGUCACAAGAGAAAGAGACGAAGCACAAGAGAAAUGCCAGAGACUUGUCUUGGAGAAGUUACUUUUCCAGAACCAACCAAAACAACAACAACAACAACAACAAGCAGGUCCUGUGUCUGGAAUUUCAAGCAUUGAAGAUGAAGCAAGGAGAGGAAUUGACUCACACAAUGGCCUGUCAUCAUCAGAUUGUGAAGAAAGCAUUGUUUCCUCUCCAGUUAUUGACCAUUUGCCACAAACCCAAAUGAUUGAGUUAGUAGCAACAGAUAAACCGUUACCAGAAAAAGGUAAGCUUUUACAAGCAGUGAUGAAAGCUGGUCCUCUCCUUCAAACCCUUCUCCUUGCAGGACCACUUCCUCAAUGGAGACACCCACCACCACCACUUGAAUCCUUUCAGAUUCCCCCAGUGACCAUUCCUUCACCGUCACCGUCACCGCCACAACAGACACAGCCACCGCAGCUCCUCCACCAAGAUUCCUUCAUUAUCUCUAACGGGAACAGCACUCCCUCCUCCAACUGCGGAAGAGUCAAUAGAAAAAGGGUUCUCUUUGAAGACUCUGAUUCUCCCACUCAUACCACCUACCAAAGAAUUGUAUUCCACUGA